AUGGCGGCGCGGGGGAGCGACGCCGGCGACGCGGCCAGCCGCCCCGUCCUGCGCGUCCUCCGCACGCGCGGCCCGCUGUUUGUCUGCGAGGACCCCGCGGGUCUCCUGCGGCGCCUGCCGCAGACCCGCAAGCGCCACCACCGCGGCGCCUGCCUCAGCAUCGAGGAGCUGGAGCACGUGGCCCGCGCCGCGGAGGUCGUUUGGCUGCGCCCCGAGGACGCCCUGCGCCGCGCGGAACUGCGGGAGCGGCACGCCUCCGCCUGCCGCCUCUACCACCACCUCACCGACGUGGCGGGGCUGCGGCUGCGGCACGGCAGCCAGUUCGGCGCCGCCUUCGUCGGCUACCGCGACCUCCGCGGCCACGGCGCCUGCCUGGUGUUUCUCGGGCCCCUCGCGCGCCCGGCGGCGGUCGCAGCGGCGCGGGUGGCGGGGAGCGUCGCGAAGGAGGCGUGGGUGGCGGAGGAGCUGCACGGCGGCGGCGGCGGCUUCACCCUCACGCGACUGGGGGAAACCCGCGGCGAGCCCCGCGCAAAGCGGUGCCGCGGCGUCCCCUGA